AUGGCGGCAAUGGCAAACCUUGCGAACACUAUGGAGGCUAACACUGCUGCGACUCUGCAAGCUGUGCAGAGGUUAGGCCAACUGGCCGGAAAUGGAGACGGAAAUGGCGAGGGAAAUGCGGAUGACAAUGAUGAAGGGAGCGGAGACAACACGGGAGGUGCUUGGAUGACCUUAGUGACUUUUCUCAAGGUGCAUCCGCCAAGUUUCAGAGGUUCAACAAAUCCCACAGAAGCGGACAACUGGUUCCAAGCGAUGAAGCGUGCGCUGCAGGCACAGCAUGUCCCGCCCAACCAUUACGUGGAGUUUGCUGCUUAUCAGCUUUGGGAAGAGGCCCAGCAUUGGUGGCAAGCAGAGUGCCGAUUGUUACAGCUUCAAAAUGCCGACGUUCCUUGGGAUGUGUUCCAAACGGCCUUCUACAAGAAGUAUUUUCCUGAGUCUACAAGGGAAGCAAAGGAGAUGGAACUAUUACAGCUGGAGUAA